AUGGUUCAGGCUGGCCAAGGUCAGUUCAGGCUGGCGAGGUCUGUUCAGGUCGAGGUCCGUUCAGGCUGGUCAAGGUCCGUUCAGGCUGGCCAAGGUCAGGUCUGUUCAGGCUGGUCAAGGUUGAUUCAGGCUGGCCAAGGUUGGUUCAGGCUGGCCAAGGCUGGUCAAGGUCUGUUCAGGUCCGAGGUCUGUUCAGGCUGGUUGAGGUUGGUUCAGCUGGCUGAGGUCUGUUCAGGUCGAGGUCUGUUCAGGUCUGAGGUCUGUUCAGGCUGGUUGAGGUUGGUUCAGCUGGCCGAGGUCUGUUCAGGUCGAGGUAUGUUCAGGUCCAAGGUCUGUUCAGGCUGGUUGAGGUUGGUUCAGCUGGCCGAGGUCUGUUCAGGUCCGAGGUCGAGGUCUGUUCAGGUCCGAGGUCUGUUCCGGCUGGUUGAGGUUGGUUCAGCUGGCCGAGGUCUGUUCAGGUUGAGGUCUGUUCAGGCUGGUCAAGGUCUGUUCAGGCUGGCCAAGGUCAGGUCUGUUCAGGCUGGUCAAGGUCGGUUCAGGAUAGUGGAGGUUGUUCAGGCUGAUGGAGGUCCAUUCAAUCAAGGUUGGUUCAGGCUGGUUGAGGUUGGUUCAGCUGGCCGAGGUCUGUUCAGGUCGAGGGCUGUUCAGGUCGAGGUCUGUUCAGGUCGAGGUCUGUUCAGGUUGUCUGUUCAGGUCGAGGUCUGUUCAGAUGUCAGUCCAGGUUGGUUGAGGUCCCUUCAGGUCAGUCAAGGUUGGUUAAGGUUGGUUGAGGUCUGUUCAGAGGUCAGUUCUGGUAGGUCAAUGCCUGUUCCAAGAGGGCCAAACAAACUGUCAGCCUUUGUAUUGAUUUCUCAUGCGGCUUCUAACGCUGGCGUCGAGGUUGCACAUUUCAAUGUCAUUAAUAAGACUUUACAAUCAUAA